AUGAAGUUGCCUCCAGCCUACACAACUGACAGCCCUUCAGACGAGUCAGUUCACGUCCGCACAUCCGGUUUUCUGGUUUACGAAAGUUCAGCAUCGUCAACGGACUCCGAGUUUCUGUUAUACGGAAGUUCGGAUUUGCCAAGGGACUGUGAGGUUCAAGUUUUGGACAACCAGUUUGCCUUGCGCCUUGCCUCUGCCUCCCGAAUCCGCACUUCAUCAAGGUGUUAUAACCCACUCAUCCCCCCAUCAAGUCAGCAAGUUCACGUUCUCGCAUUGUUUUCCACCCCCACGUUUCUUUUCGAGAUGCCUCGUCGAAGCCGGUCGGUUUCGUUGAGUGCCCCGAAAUGCCUGCCGUAUGAAGCACAGCACAUUCUGCUCAACACUGUCCAACGAUUGCUGGAAGAGAGCUGCUUUGAUUUCGCGAAGACAUGGUUUGCCUCUGAUCCCAGAGUCCGGGAGUGGACAACUCCGGCCCAGGUUGAAAUCUCCAAGUGGCGAGACCUCCUUGGGGCUGCACGGAUUCCUGCAGAUGCCUUGGAUGGGCAUGUUCAGACCCCAUUACGGGUCUUGCUUCAGGAAGCCACUCAGCUCCGCAACAACGCUGUGCAUCGGAGUCAGUUGCAUGUUCAGGAUCUCCUGAAGUUGCUCAUAUCAUCAAUACAAUUGACCAGGAUGCUUCGGGACCAAACAAGGCGCACCAAGAUUGAAGACAUUCGAAGUCGUUUAAUUGAUGAACUUAAUGUGCGUGAUGGCAACAGAACCCGAGCCACCGUUCAGUACCGCAAGUCUCGUGAUGACAUCGAUCGAAGGAAAGAGCCUGUGUUUAGGAAACUGGAUGAAUUAUACGACGAGGAGGAUCAUGCCAUUACAGUGUUUGAUAAAGACUCCGCGCUUUAUGAUAAUAUGCUCCAAAGCUCCAUGAUAAAGUUUAUUAACCAAGUGAUCCAUACUGGCGAAGAAGUUGCUCGUAUCGCGCCCGCCAAAGAUUCUGCUCAACAGUCUCGACCUACUGCAAAGAACUCCAACCCAGCUACAGAUGGAAAGUCCGAGAGAACCCAAAGAAGAGAAGACGAAGAUUUUCAAUUCAUAUCCAAAUCUGACUUCGAAGAGGCCACGUUGGGCAGCCGCAAAAUGGAGAAGAAAUGGACACGAGAUGUAAGGUCGGGAUCCAAAGAGCAGAAAGUCGUUUUCAAAGAAGAUCAUGCCGGCGAUUUGUUGUCGAGUAUUCACCCCACAGCCAACUUUGUGGGGGUCCAAUCAACUCCUGCAGUUCAAUUAACUCCUGUAAUUCAAUCAACUCGAGGAAUCCAAUCAACUCCUAGAAGCCAAUUAACUCUUGGAAUCCGAUCAACUCCUAUAAACCAUAAAGGAGAUGGCAGCUCCUGGGGUGGUAUAGAGCGCACUGUUGGGUCGAGCUUACACGGAGCUACACCACGAGCAUUGAGUGUUGCGAACGGUCACUGUGCCACCGAACUUGAUAUCGAUAGCCCAAGCAGACAACUUGAAUUGGAAGCAAACAUGGCGAAUAGCAUAUGUGAACUAUCCAUUGACAGGCAUGACAUUUUGGAAAUCCUCGAUGCAGAGCUAGAUAACCAGCUUCUGAGAACCAUGGAUGAAGUACGAAUGUCAGUGGAUUCAGUGUUGGACCAAAUGAACAACGAUGUCAAGCCCAGCGUUGAAGAACCUGUGCCAAACUCUAUGGCACCUGGCAAUUCUGAUGAUGAGAAUGAUAUACAAUCAUGUCGCACUUGGACGGAACCUUGUGUCCUUGGUCGAAGAGCCCCAUCAUCGGAGCUCAAAAUGACUGACAGAUCAUUUGCUCCUUCUCCGGAUGUAGAGAUGUCAGGAGUCAACACUGCAAAUUUCGCCGCUGCAAAUGUUAUCACUACAGAUAGCGCCAACUUUCGCAAGGAGGAAAUUCCACAAACUCCAGUUGGUUUGCCUGUUGUUGAGUUUGGCAAGCCAUGGAAGCCCGCAAGUAAUGGGUCAGUACCGAUCAUCAGGGCUGAAAAAUCCCAGCAGGGGAUUCCUCAAACUGAACUUGGUUUUCCGAGCAGGUACUCAGUAUCAACCAUUACUACUAAAAAGGAGGUAAACCUAAACAAUAUACACCUUUGGAGAAAGCGGAAGGAAGUUUCGCCCCUCAGCCAAAAAUCUUCCGCCUCAUGCAACUCAAUGAUAUUUUGUCGACCUCGCGCCCUGCCUGCACUCGGGGACCACAGUUUUUCUACUGGCGCGGCGUCAAAUACUACUGGAACUCAAACUACAGGCUCUGCUGGGAGACUGCCUGUGAUGACAUCGUUUGGAGAUGUAGCUAUAUUCGGCAAAGACAUGGGAUUUAACCCGACGCCUUCAGGCUUUUUCCCCGGCGUAGGUGGUAUGAACACCUCGCAAGCAAAUAAACCACAAGAAACCGUCGGAUAUAAGAAUGCGUCUUUGGAUCUUUUCACCCAAGAGAUACCAGAUACGAAUGUGUAUACAAGUCGACAGGCUGCAACGUGGGAACGACGGAGAAUACUCGUUGGGUGCCUUUCAUUUACUCCCUCCAAGGCAGAAGUAGAGAAAUUGUUUUUGGGCUACAAUGUGACGAGAAUUGACUUUCCAGAAGUAUGGAUCAUGGAGGAAAAAAAUAAGCCGGCUGGAUGCGUGUUUGUUGAUCUGGUGACAUCUGCACAGGCUAAGCUUGCCAUCCAGAAGUGGAGGAAAGAAGAGCCCAAAAUCUGCAACUGCAAGGUUUCCAUCAUGCUGGCGACAGAUCCAUGGAAAGCGCCAAAUGCUCCUCGAAAAAUUGUCUCGGCAUCCGCUAGGACCAAGAAAAAGAUUGCUCAUCCAUCAGUUGUUGCCAUGGUCGUGAAGAAAUCACAACCAAUCGGGAAGCGGACACGCUCAUAUUAUGCUGAGCUGAGAAAGGGCUUGCAGGAUGAGCAGAGUUCCAAGAGGCAGAAGUUGGCGGCUGAGGCGGUGAUGGAUACUACUGGCCUUGGUAAAAACUGACCUAUGUCGCUGUAUGAUGGAUCGACUUGUGUGUGCUUUGAUACCGGAAUGGCUGACAAUGAUUGGAUUGGUUCGGAUCAUGAAUUUAUUUGUCCUGUUUUGCCCUUAUACCUAUUUGUUGGUGGGGUUCAAAGGAGCAUCGUGGGAAGAGGACUAUGAACUUCACGGGGGGUUCUCACAUUCAUACUCUCGGGGCUGUUGCCACAAUGCCGAUAUAUAUCUGUGCAGUGGGAAGUUGUUUCCGGAUAUUGUGGCGGGGCGCGCAUCUAUAGUUCCACAUCUCUGACAGUCAGGUUGGCUGUUGGAGAAACCUUUGUUUGGCGUUUGUAUUGUGAGGUUUUCUUGACAGUCGUGGUGCGUGGACGAAUGAAUACCGUGUGCAUUGUGUGGCACAUCAAACGAACGAGGAGGAUUGUUUUAGCUAUAUAGCUUACGACUCACUGACCGCACAACAAACAUGGAUGAAUCUCUCUUUUACC